GCCGUGGAAUAUUUGCGGCAAGUGUUAGAUGAGCCCUGGCAUGGUCAGAAACUGUUGUCUUGCGGUCCACAGAAGUUGGGACCCCACAACCCGAUGCAUGAAUUCAAUGAAGACCUUGUGUUUGCAAACUAUUCAUACUUGAGUUCUGGACCUCCGAUUGAUAUCCCAAGAACAGAAGUGCGUGGAAUCACCAUCAAGCAGCUGUCACGUCUGCUGGAUUUUGUUGAGGAAAGGGCCUCCACUUGGUGUGAAGUGCAUCAAUGUUCACCACACUACAGGCAACCUUUGUCUUUCAAGGACUUCAAUAUGUAUCAUGCGCAUUACUGGGUCAUUCACCCUGCUACGGCCAGUCCCUUGUACUGCAGCUAUGUAGAGCUGGUCGCCAGCGAGGCUGCAAGUCAACGGCCUCUGUGGUUUGCCUCCUAUGUGUGGGCGGCGCCGCUCCACAAGUUCAUGGCCUGCCUGAGGCACCAGGUUUCUUUGCGCGAGUUGCCUGCGCACACAGCCUAUUGGGUUGAGGUUUACGCCUACAACCACCAUCGGCUUGAGGAGGAGAUCUGCGACAAUCCCCGAAAGACGAGCUUCUGCCGUGCACUGAAGUUGUGUACCGGUCUCUUGCUGAUCUUGGAUCAAGAUCCUCUGAGCAGGAUCUGGACGUGCUUUGAAGUGUCUCUGGCAGUAGAGGAGCGCAACAUGUCUCUGGCAGUGGAGAAGCGCAACAAGGGAAAGUCCGGGAAGCAUUUUCUGCUGGAUGUGGCGGCCAUGGAUCGUCAUGGCGAAGCACAUCUCAUCACAGAUGGCCUAGCCGGUGCUGAGGAGCGGAUGGACGGGGCGCUGGGUUUUUUGUUCAAAGGCCAGCGUGAGGCCAAGUUCCCGCGAGAGAUUAUGCACAAAGCCGCGCAUGUUGACGUUGCCUGUGCUGAUGCAACCAAGCAUGAUGACAAGAUAAGGAUUCUCAACAGCCUUCGUUGCCCACGGGCAAAGACAAGGGAUCUUCUUAAUGAACCACCGUAUGAGGAUCCAAGCUUUGAUGCGGUCGGCAACGCCAUGAGAGAAAAACUGGAGGAAACCGAGAGGCUCUCUUCAGUGGCGAACGACCUUAGUUUUUUGCUUGGUGAGAACCAGAAAAAGACAGACGGAGUUGAGAAGCUUGUGCAGGACAUGGAUGAAGAGCUUUGGAAUGAACAGGACGACACUGUGCAAAAGUUUCUCCCGGAGUUUGACUUGUUUGAAUGGAGCAAGGACAGAGUUGAGCAGAAGGUGCAAGAGAUCCGUGCUCUUCAUAGCAAACAUGCAGGAGUCAGCAUGGCCUACUUGCUGCAAGAUUUUGUGCACUUAGCCCAACAGAGAUCACAAGAAGUAGAUCCAACCUUUCUCCGAUUGAAAGAAGUCUUUUGGCUCUGUAAGGACAAAGUCGGCCAGGACUUGUACUGCCCAAGAGAUGGCAAGUUGGGCCGUGCUUUGGUGGAUUUGCUUCCCCCAAAACAUCGACAAAGGCAAAACUACUUCAUGUCCUGGAGUUGGCAAUACUCAGUGGGACAGGAAGCAAGUGCCUCCCUGUCCCAGAAGAUUUCUCUUGGAGAUAAAGGCAUUGCCGAGGUGACCCGAUCCCUCUGUGAAGUCAACGUGGCCAAUGCAGAAGCAUAUGACCCACGGGAUGAGAAGAAGGUCAAAGACACGAUCCAAGAAAGUGUUGGUUUUCAGGAGGUGAAUCGGCAUGUGAAAAGUGCCAUGGCUCAAUGGAUCGGUGGCGUUAUCAGGGACAAGUUUGAGAAGCUCGUGAACGAAACGGGUGAGGAGUGCGAGGUACUUGUCUUCGUCUUUGUGGUCGCUACGGGAGGCAGGGCCCAACUGCGCUUGAGCAACGCUGUGCAGCGCAGACAUGACGGCAAGACGUUCAACGGACCGCUGCGCGCGACUGAAGUGGCCGCAAACGAAGAUGCGCGGCAAAUGGAGGAAGCAGCAGCUGUCUCCAGUGAACGCUUGCAAGAAGUUUUUGAUAGACUAUCGGGCUCGCUUUCUGCCCCGGCCGUGACCUCUGUACCGGCCGUGACCCAAAAUGGUUCCAAUUGGCGUGCUCGUGUGAAAGGCAGCCGAGCAACUGUCUCUGGUCCGACACGGCAGUCCAAAGCAGCUGCCGAAGAGGAUGCGCGCUUGCUUCAGCAAGCGCAGCAAAUAUCUAGCGCUGAGCUGCAGAAAGUCGCCGAUCGUUUGCAGAAGGAAGCUGCUGACGUGCGUUCUGUGGCGACUGUUACUAAACAUGGUGCAGGGUGGCGCGCUCGUGUGCAGGGUGCCCAUCAAGUGUAUGGUCCUACUAGGCAGUCUAAGGCUGCUGCAGACGUCGAUGCCAGUCAAUUUCAGGCUGCGCUGCAGCUCUCUGCCAAAGAGCUACAGUCUGUUGCUCAGCGGCUGCUGCAGGAGGCUGCUGAUGUAGUCGUAAGGAGUAGCCGCGAAGCUGGGUUUGACGAAGUCGUUUUGGCUGAGAUGCGUGAUGCUUUGGGAUUACGGCGACCGCAGAAGCGUGCCAGACUCCGUGCGAAAAAUGCGGCCGAUGAUUUCGACCCUGAGGUGGCCUCAAAGAGCGUGCAGCUUCUGGUUACAGCAUUUCAAGAUGUGGAAGCAUUAGCACCGCGCAGCCAAGGUGCGUGGAUGGUGAAAUUAGGCUUUCACACUAGACUGGAUUAUGGCUCUCGGCCCGCAUGGACAAGUGGCUUGGAGCGUGGCACGGCGCAUGCUGGCUUGAAGAAUUUAGGGAACAGCUGCUGGCUCAAUGCCGUGUUGCAAUGUUUUCGGUGGACUCGCCCGCUGUACAAUGCUUUCACUGCUCGGUUGAUGGAAUGCGAAGAAUCGAUUCUGGGAUCGUUGGUCCAAGAUGUCUUAGAGAAACUUGCAAGCAACGACUGGGAUUACGUUGCACCAUUUGCUUUGCUCAAUCAACUGUAUGCAACCUAUCAAAGAAGAUUUCGACCUGGUGAGAGCGCAGAUGCAGCAGAAGCUUGCCGCUUGUUGUUAGACCGGUGUGUCUACGGCAGUUGUAUUGUACAUUUGCUGUCUACAUCGAUUGCAAUGGCUCGGCGCGGCGUCACUCUCACGGAGCUGACGCGUGAGCAUUUUGCUGCAUGCCGGCCGAGCAGUGAUGUUGUCAUUUUGGAAGUGGCGCCCGUCGAUGGCGGCCGGAUGAACUGGUCGCAGUUGUUGGUGGCACCGCCCUCUGGUGAGGCGCCGCCUGCGGGCAGCGACUGCCUCUGUCGCUUGCCGCGGUUGUUGCAAGAAACUGUGGCGCCUGUGGCUGAUGCUCCUGUGGCGCGUGCGGUAGAAGCGCCAGCUGGGACUGCGAGGACUGCUGGCUCACGCCUUGGCCGUUUUGCGGCGGCACUGCAACGCAAGCGUCGCGCAGACAUGGUGGUGUUCCCGCGGCCAAGACUCAGCCAGUUGGUUCCUUCGCAUGGACCUGACAUUGUUCUCAAGCUCAUUACCAGCAACGAUCCGCCCCCAGUGAACAUUCGUGUGGUCAUCGGUAAGGCUGCUGCCACCUCUGUUCAACUGAGAGACGUUGACCUUCGGUGCCCAGACAGUCCGUUAGCCAAUCACCUCCGGCAACGCUUCUAUGAGAUGCCGCAAUGCAACGUGAAGCUGGGAAAGCGGACGCUGUCCGAAUUUCGUGCUGAUAAGUCUACGUCAACCUAUUACCUUCACGUGCUGGUGUCUUCGGAUGGCCAGCGCGUGUCGCACGGCCCGACAAUGAGUCAACGAGUCUAUGUCCUCGGGAGCAAGAGCUUUGACCCAAUGUGGGAAGAAGCGUAUGCAGAUGCAUCGCGAACCGACACCUAUUUGAAUGUCUAUGUACCUUUCCUCUAUGUCAUCAUCGUCGGAUUCGUGGCUGUAGGACAG